UCAGUGCGCACAGUGCCCCGCACUCGCCUGCGAUAAAAAUUGGAGGAAGAUUUCGCCAUUAUAUAUACCGCACUCGCCGGUCGCCGCAACUUCUCAUCACAUCGCAACCGGGACACCCCGUCUAAUCGAAUUCGAAUCGCGCCUGGAGGCUGGAGGACACCACCGACGCGACAUAGACAUGGACGGCGGCUUCGCCGCUCGAAGCUACCAUAUCGAUGACUCCACCGCCGCCACCGGGCGCCUCUCGAGGCGGCGCAAGUUGAGGGUUAAGCACGAGCCCUAUCCCUUCGACUACUACUACUACGACUUCUCCGAUUUCCGGUGCCGUGCCGGCGGCAGCCGCCUCGACGAUGACGGCUCGCACUUGGCAGGCAAGCGCCGCUGCACGGCCGUCUCGUCGUCCGCCGCCGCCGUCGACCCGAUGCGCCACGGCCACGUUUCCCAGGCAGCAAAGAGGUUAGAUCCGGUUGUCUCCAACGGGCCCAUGGCUGCCACCGCUACGCCGCCCACAGCGAGUCCGGCCGCAGGGACGGUGCCUCCGCCACCGGCCCCAGCCUCCGCGGCCCCGGCACCCAGCGUGCCGCCGAACGUGGGGCGAGCAGCCCCGCCGGUCACCGGCGUCGUGCCCAGGACGUCGUCUUCUUAUUUGCGUUUGAUGAGACCGCGGCGCUCUACGCUACUUGGUUCUGUGCGUCCAUCAUCUGGCGUUUUGUCGAUGGAGGGCCUCGCCGGAAGAUCUGCAUCCGCUCCAAAGGCGGCGCCUUUGGGAAAGCACGCGACUUGGGAGAAGUACGGUCGGGACAUAACAGCUGACGCCGGCAAGAUGGACCCAGUGAUCGGCCGCGACGAAGAGAUCGACCGCGUCGUAUGUAUCCUCAGCCGCCGGACCAAGAACAGCGCCAUGCUCGUCGGCGCUCCCGGUGUCGGCAAGACGGCCAUCGCCGAGGGCCUGGCGCAGCGCAUCGCGGCAGGGGCCGUUCCCGCACCGCUCGUUGGGGCGCGUGUCGUGGAGGUCGACCUCGGCGCGAUGGUUGCCGGGACCCAGUACCGCGGCAUGUUCGAGGAGCGCAUGAAGAAGGUGAUCCAGCAGGCGGAGGCUGCUGACGGCAAGGUCGUGUUGUUCAUCGACGAGGUGCAUAUGCUACUUGGCGCUGGGCAGACCAAGGAUGGAUCAAUGGAUGGUGCCAAUCUGCUGAAGCCUGCUCUGGCUCGUGGCCGCAUCCGCUGCAUUGGCGCCACGACGUUCGAUGAGCACCGCAAGUAUGUUGAGAAGGAUGCUGCGUUUGAGCGACGGUUCCAGAAGGUGCACGUGCAGGAGCCAAGCGUGCCGGCGACAAUUGACAUUCUUCAGGGCCUUAAAAAGAAAUAUGAAGAGCACCAUGGCGCUGCAAUCCAGGACGCGGCCAUAGUAGCAGCUGCCCAGCUUGCCAAUCGGUACAUUACAGGUCGCCAAUUUCCUGACAAGGCAAUUGAUCUUAUUGAUGAAGCAUGUGCCACUGCAAGGAUGCAAAAAGAUAACAUAUUGAAAGGAAGUACAGCGCACCUUCUCCCUGAAAAUGCCGCCAACGAAGCUAUUGUUUCACCAGGCCAAAUCGCAGAGGUUGUGAGUCGAUGGACUGGCAUUCCUGUCAAUACACUUGACAAGGAUGAGAAGGAAAGGUUAAUGCACUUGGCAGAUAGAUUGCGCGAGCGAGUUGUUGGCCAGGAAGCAGCAGUUAAUUCAGUAGCACAAGCUGUGCUAAGGUCAAGGGCUGGUUUGGAUCAACCUGGCCAACCAAUAGGCUCUUUUCUUUUCUUGGGAUCAACUGGUGUUGGGAAGACAGAACUUGCAAAGGCUCUUGCGGAACAGCUGUUUGACAGUGAGAAGAUGUUGGUGCGGUUUGACAUGUCUGAAUUUGUUGGCACUCACUCAGUGCUACGUCUCAUUGGGGCACCUCCCAGCUAUCAUGGACAUCAGGAUGGAGGACAGCUAACCGAGAAAGUCAGGCAAAAGCCAUACAGUGUAAUUCUUUUCGAUGAAAUUGAGAAGGCCGAUCCAGCAGUGUUUAAUGUUCUUCUCCAGCUUCUUGAUGAUGGUUUGUUGACUGAUGGUAAAGGCAGAAUUGUUGAUUUUAAAAAUACCAUCAUCAUUAUGACUUCAAAUCUUGGAGCUGAGUACCUAAUGGAAGCAAUAUCUGGUGAAAAAACAAUGGAGGCUGCACGUGACCUUGUCAUUAAGCAGGCACAGAAACAUUUCAGACCUGAGUUCCUGAACAGGCUGAGCGAGCUUGUGGUAUUUGAGCCACUAUCCCAAGAUAAAAGGAGGGAGGUUGCUAACAUUCAUAUGAAAGGCAUCAUUGCUCGUGCAGCAAAUAAGGGCAUCACUCUAUCCGCAAGCGAUGCUGCUUUGGAUGUAGUCUUGUCAGAGUCAGACGACCCACAUUAUGGUGCAAGGCCAAUCAGGAGGUGGUUGCAAAAGAAUGUGAUGACAAAGCUCUCAGAGAUGCUUUUUAAAGGAGAAAUUGAUGCAGAUACUGCUGUCAUUAUUGAUGCUUGUGAUGAUAAGAAAUGUCUGAAGUAUGAAGUCGUGAAGAACGUGCCAACAAGCGAGGCUCUGCACCGUCGACUUGUUGUGGAGAUUCCUAGUGACUCCGACAGUGACGAUGACCUAUAGCCAACCAAAAUGAAGAGGAUAGCCAUAUCAUCUUCUGGGGAAUAAAUUUUCAAGCUUCUGCCAUGCUGGGAAAUUAAUCAUUAUAUAUUUAGUAUAGUUAGGUUGCUAUGAACUUGGUGAGAAUUCCAUAAUAAUAAAUUGGAUUCACUUUCUUACAUCAUGACAUGGCACUAAAAAUGCAAAAUUGGCCUGCCAUUUGAAUAUGAGUAUAUGACGUAUAUGCACCA